UCACACUGUCACGUGGUACAGACUAACUAUUUUGUUGAUUUCACUCUCUUGUCUCUGAUGGAAUCUAUUUACAUUUGAAGCUAUGUAGUUUUUAGAUAUUAUCAAACAACUAAAUUAACUUUUAUUUUUGUUGCUAUCAAAACGCAAAUUUCAAUUAUCAUUAUAUUGUACUUUGUGUGAAUUUGUUUUAAACGAUAAUGAUGGCAGAUCAGCUCCGUAGAGUUGAACCUGCAAUAUCCAGUCCGAAAUCUAGUCCUCGAGGCUCCAGAUCUCCUGCACAUCCUCGCACAGAUUCCACAGGAACACUUAAAACUACUAUUAGUUUAGGGAAAGUACCGUCUGUUAUUCAUUCGGGGCCAUUUUACCUCAUGAAAGAUGUACCUGAGCAAGCCGAAAUGACUGGAUACACAAACCUUAUGUCAUAUUAUGGACUUGGUAAUUCCUACAAUAAAUUUUUUACAAAGAAAGUGAAAGAAGAACUCAGUGCAUUUUUACCUACACUUCCCGGAAAUAUCGACACACCUGGCAUUAAUGAUACAAGCUCCCUUCGGUCAGUAAUUGAAAAGCCACCAAUCAGUACCCGGGAAUUAUUACCAUUGUCAGGUGCAAGCCUAGCAGGUUUCAGACUACACCCUGGUCCUCUUCCUGAGCAAUAUCGCUUUCUGAAUCAGACGCCACAGAAAAAGAAACACAAACACAAAAAGAGUAAGAAAGAAGGCGGCAAAGAUGGUAAUUCGCAAGAGAUCCAAGGAGAAAAUUCUUCUGAUACUGGUCAUGAUAAAAAGAAGAAAGUGAAACGAUCGGACGAAGAGAAAGAGAAAAAGAAACGGAAAAAGAAAAAGAAGAAGAAACACAGUCCAGAACAUCCAUUGUCUGUUCCAUCAUCAUCGGAUAUUACUCUUUGAGUGCCACCAUUACCAUUGAAUUUUUACCAUAUUCUCUGAGCAACAAAUUUAAUCAAAUGGUUAUUUUCUUUUUUUUUUUCUCCUUGAACUACCAACUCUGUGGGAUUUUUUUUUAACUGUAUGUCUUGUCUAACUAAUUGCAUUAUUAUUAUAUUUAUUAUUAUGAACCAGCAGAAUUGUUAGCAUGUUGGACAAAAUACUUAUUCACAUUUUUUUGUCUGUCUUUGCAUUCAGAGCUCAAAUUAAGCCAAAGUCAACUUUGCUUUCAUUCUUUCAGGGUUGAUAAAAUAUGUACCCAUUACAUACUAGAGUUGAUGUAAUUGACUUCCCCUCCCCUCAAAUACUGUUGGCCUUGUGCCAUAAUUUGAAACCAUCAUCAUUAUUAUUAUUUUUAUUAUUAUUAUUAUUAUGAGGUGGCAGAAUUGUUACCAAUCCAGACAAAAUGCUUACUGGUAUUUCGUCCUUCAUUACGUUCUGAGUUCAAAUUCUGCUGAAGUGGACUUAGUGUGUCAUCCUUUUGGGGUUGAUUAAAUAAAGUACCAGCUGAACAUUGGGAUCAGUAUAAUCGCCUAGCCCCCUCCCCUAAACUUUCAGGCAUGUAGUAGAAACAAUUAUUUUUAUUACGAACUGGCAGAAACAUUAAUUCAUGCUUCCAGCUGUAACAUUCUGAUUUCAAAUUCAGCCAAGGUGGACUUUGCUUUUCAUCCUUUUUGCGGUUGAUAAAAUACCUAACCUAGCAGUUUAACACUUGGGUUGAUCUGAUCAACUUAUCUUCUCAUUUAAAAUUGGUAGCCUUGUGCCAAAAUUUGAAACCUUUAUUAUUGGCAAUCUGGCAGAAUCAUUAGCUUGCUGGGCAGAAUGCUUAGCAGCAUUUCGUCUAUCUUUACGUUCAGUGUUCAAAUUCCGCCGAGGUUGACUUUGCCUUUUAUCCUUUUGGAGUCGAUAAAUCAAGUACCAGUGAAACACUGAGGUUGAUGCAAUCGACUAAUCCCCUCUCCCACAAUUUCAGGCCUUGUGUCUUUAUUAUUAUUAUUAUUAUUAUUAUUAUUAUCAUCAUCAUCAUCAUUAUAUAAGAUGGAGAGCUGGCAGAAUCAUUAGCAUUCUGGACAAAAUGCUUAGCAGCAUUUCAUCUGUCUGUACAUUCUGAGUUCAAAUUCUGCUGAGGUUGACUCAGCCUUUCAUCCUUUUGAAGCUGAUAAAAUAAGUACCAGUGAAACACUGGGGUUGAUGUAAUCAACUUAUGCCUUCCUCUAAACCUUCAGGCCUUGUACCCACAGUAGAAAGGAUUAUUAUUAUUAUCAUAUGCGGGCAGCAGGUUAAUCAGAGAAAAUGCUUUGCAGUAUUUCUGGCUUUUCAUGUUCUUAAUUCAAAUCCUGUUGGGAUUAUAUAUGCUUUACAUUCCUCUGGGGUCGACUGUAUAACCUGAUUCACUCCCAUCAAAGUCAUUGGUCUUGUGCCUAGAUUAGAACCCAGUAUUAAAAUGGUAAGCUGGCAGAAUUGCUAGAGCAUUGGAAAAAAUGUCUUGCAGUAUUUGUUCCAGUUUCAGUUCCGUGCAUUUCUGAGUUCAAAUUUUGCUGUGGUCAACUUUUCUUUUCAUCUUUUCAGGGCUUGAUAAAAUAUACAGUUAAAUUUUAGUGUCAAUGGCUUUAGCUUACCUUCUCUCAAAAUUUCUGGCCUUGUGUCUAAAUCAGAAACCAUAAUAAUAAUAAUAAUAAUAAUAAUAAUUAUUAUUAUUAUUAUUAUUAUUAUUAUGGUGGUGAACUGGCAGAAUUGUUAGCAUGUUUGGCAAAAUGCUAAGUGGCAUUUUGUUCACCUUUAUGUUCUGAGAUCAAAUAUCACUGAGAUUGACUUUGCAUUCUUUUGGGGUUAAUCAAAUAAGUACCACUUGAGCACUGGGGUUGAUGUAAUCAACUCAUCCCCUCCCCCAAAAGUGUUGCCCUUGCAGUAAAAUUUGAAACCAUUAUUAAUAAUAUUCUUAAGGUGGCGAGCUGGCAGAAUCGUUAGCACAUUGGGUAAAAUGCUUUGCUGCAUUUGACCAUCUUUACAUUCUGAGUUCCAAUUCUGCGGAGGUUGACUUUGCCUCUCAUCCUUUCAAGGUCAAUGAAAUAGUACCAGUUAUGCAUAGGGUUCAAUAUAAUUGACUAGCCCCAUUCCCCAAAAUUUCAGGCCUUGUGCCUUUAGUAGAACGGAUUAUUAUUAUUAUUAUUAUUAUUAUGAUUAUUACUAAAGCGGUGAGUUGGCAGAUUGGGAGCAUUUCUUCCGACUGUUUUUGUUCUGAGUUCAAAUUCUGAGUAGGCUAACUUUGCCUUUCAUCCUUUUAGGGUUAAUAUACUAAGUACCAGUCAAGCACUCCAAACGUCCUGGCCUUGUGCCUAUUGUAGAAAGAAUUAUUAUUGUUACUAAGUUGGUGAGAUGGGAAAAUCAUUAGUACACAAAGCAAAAUGCCUUUCAUCCUUUUUGGAGAUUGGUAAAGUAAGUUCAUCAUCAUCAUCAUCAUCAUCAUCAUCAUCGUUGUUUAACGUCUGUUUUCCAUGCUUGUAUGCAGCUGAAAACUGGGAAGUGGGGCAGUAUGUGUGUGACAUAAUCGACUAGCUUCUUUCCCCAAAAUUUCAGGCCUUGUACCUAUAGUGCAGGGGUUCUCAACCAUUUUUUUUUUGUUUUUAAGGGCCCCUUUAAUUACUUUUUUUAUUCUGGUGAACUCUCCCCCAUCUGUUACGAUCAAACUAGUUUUAUAGAAGCUUCUUUCAAAAUUCCUAUUUUGGUUUUUCUUACAUUAACUCGUGUAGUUUCAACUACAUAAAAUGUUAGAGAAAGAAACCUAAUUGUUUCUUACUAUGCAUAGAAAUACAUACAUCUAAAGCAAAAUAUUUUUCAGGGGCCCUUAACAUACUAUUGUGUAUCCCCAAUUUGCUGUUUUGUUGGUUGGAACCCCCCUACCCAAUCUUAUAUGGACCCUUAGGGACUAUAUGGAAGACAGUUGAGAACCACUGCUAUAGUAGAAAGAAUUAUUAUUAAGAUGGAAUCGUUAGUGCGCCGGACGAAAUGCUUAGCAGUUUUUUGCCCGUCACUGUGUUCUGAGUUAAAAUUCUGCCGAGGUUGACUUUUAAGUACCAGUUGAGUACCUGGGUCGAUGUGAUCAUCUCCCUCCCCACAAAAAUCCAGGCCUUGUGCCUAGAGUAGAAACGAUUAUUGUUAAGGCAGUAAGCUGGCAAAAUCGUUAGCAUGUUGGACGAAAUGCUUAGUGGUAUUUCGCCUGUCACUAAUGUUCCAAGUUCAAAUUCCUCUGAGGUUGAUUUGGCCUUUCAUUCUUUUGGGGGUUGAUUAAACAAGUAACAGUUACACACUGGGGUCGAUGUAAUUGGCUUAACCCCUUCCCCCAAAUUUCUCCCAAAUUUCAGGCCUUGUGCCUACAGUAGAACGGAUAAUUAUUAUUUUCAUUAUUAUGUUGAUAUCUUAUAAUAUCUUGGCCACCUUCACUUUGCCAGUUACUUAUAUAAAACUAGUGGAGGCGCAAUGGCCCAGUGGUUAGGGCAGCGGACUCGCGGCCAUAGGAUCGCAGUUUCGAUUCCCAGACCAGGCGUUGUGAGUGUUUAUUGAGUGAAAACACCUAAAGCUCCACAAGGCUCCGGCAGGGGAUGGUGGCGAAACCUGCUGUACUCUUUCACCACAACUUUCUCUCACUCUUACUUCCUGUUUCUGUUGUGCCUGUAAUUCAAAGGGUCAGCCUUGUCACACUGUGUCAUGCUGAAUAUCCCCGAGUACUACAUUAAGGGUACUCGGUGUCUGUGGAGUGUUCAGCCACUUGCACGUUAAUUUCACGAGCAGGCUGUUCCAUUGACGAGAUCAAAUGGAACCCUCGACGUUGUAAGCGACGGAGUGCCAACAAUAUAAAACUAGCAGCGAUCUGCAAUGUAUGAAUCUAAAAUAGACAAUUAAAUGCCAUCAGUUUCUCACUUGCUUUCUUUGGUGGGUGUAUUAAUUUAAAAAAAACAGGAAAUUCAGUUUAAUGGCAAAAGGAAAAAAAAAAUCAGUUUUGAUACUUUUACAAAUUGAAGAUGGUCUGUGUAGGCAAGAAAAGACAAAAUUUGAGGAAUUUUGCGAAGAGAAAAUCUAUCAUGAUUUGUUAUUCUUUAACAUUUUGGGGAGAAGAAAUAUAUCUCAAUGUGACAUUUGUUAUCUGAAAAUAUUUUCUAUGUAUUCUCUUCUUGGAACACUCAUGUUUCUUAAUUCUUUUACUCUUAGAGAAUGGACAUUUCUAGCCCUUCCUGUGGCAAACUGUUCCAUGCAAGUGGAAUUAAUAAAGCAAUAUUUUUUUCAGCUACUCUUCUUGAAAGCUUGAGAAUCAGGUUUAGAAUUUUGAAGUGAAAUAAAUGUUUUUUUUAAUUGAUUGAUAGUCUGUUAGAAAAUUUGGCUAAAAUGUUAUGUAUAGCAGGGAAAAUGUUAAGUCAAUUGACAUCGGAACGAUUCAGAAGAAAUUUUUAAUUACCUUAAUUAAUUUUGAAAAUGAUUGAUGACUUUUCAUUUUUGGUUUUACAUGUAAUAACAUGUUGAAUUUUUAUAAUUAGUGGUAGUUAAGCCUGAAGUUAAUUAGCAUUUGUUAAUUAUAUAUUGCUACAUCAUUCUAUCACACGUGUAUAUAUUUUGAGUUGGUGUAUAACCAUAAGAUAUAUAUCCAUGAUAAUUAAGAGCUCAAUUAAGAAAACAUCAUUAAACUCCAGUACAUUGUUAUGGUGCCCAAAUCCUGGUGGAAUAAACUUACCUGUAUAUAUAGAAUUGGUUAAAAUGAUAGUUCAGAGCGACAUAUCUACAAUAAACAGCAGAAAUACAUAAGUUUCACAUAUAAUUCGUCAUUCAUUUGUGCUCUACAGCUGUUUCAGUGGGAUAUAUAUAUAUGAGAGCGACAGAGACAGGCAAGCACAUAAGUGCAAAAUUAGAUGGGGAAAAUAGUUGAAUACCAAAGAUAGAAUAAAAUAGUAUUUAAUUAAACCCGAAAAGACUUCACAAAAUGCUAUUCAGAGUGUCGCGUAACCAGUCUUAGUUUAUUUGUAUGAGGUGAGGGCUAGGCAUACGUAGAGAACCAUUGGCUGGUAGUUUAUUUUGAGAAGAAAAUACAAUUGAAAUUUGAAGUUUCUGAGGUUAAAUGGUGGAUUGAAUACAGUUGCAAGUAUUAACUCCAAAGUCAGUUGUUUGGAAUAUCAUUCUUCAAAAAGAAAUACUUGAAAACAUCCAUGUUAUCAGAUUGCUGCUGCAAGGUCGCAUUGUAAGCAUGUAACUGCUGUUUUACUUAAGGUAGUACAGAUUAUGGAAAAAGGGUUUAUUUGGGAAAAAAUAUAUUUUAUUUAUAUUUAACAUGUCAUAAUAAAGUUUUGUACUUUAAAUUCAAA